AUGGAGCAGCUGCGGACGAUCGGGCGGGAGCUGGCGAUGGGGUCGCAGGGCGGGUGGGGGCAGUCCAAGGAGUUCCUCGACCUCGUCAAGUCCAUCGGCGAGGUGCGCUCCAAGGCGGAGGAGGACCGCAUCAUCGCGCGCGAGCUCGAGCACCUCAAGCGCCGCCUCGCCGACCCCGACGUGCCACGCCGCAAGAUGAAGGAGCUCCUCCUCCGCCUCGUCUACGCAGAGAUGCUCGGCCACGACGCCUCCUUCGGCCACAUCCACGCCGUCAAGAUGACCCACGACGAGUCGCUCCCGCUCAAGCGGACCGGCUACCUCGCCGUCGCGCUCUUCCUCGACGAGCGCCACGACCUCGUCAUCCUCGUGGUCAACACCAUCCAGAAGGACCUCAGGUCGGACAACUACCUCGUCGUCUGCGCAGCGCUCACCGCCGCGUGCCGCCUCAUUGGUGAGGAGGCCAUCCCCGCCGUGCUGCCCCAGGUCGUGGAGCUGCUCGCGCACCCCAAGGAGGCUGUGAGGAAGAAGGCCGUCAUGGCACUACACCGGUUCUACCAGCGAUCCCCCUCCUCCGUCUCCCACCUUGUCUCCAACUUCCGCAAGAGGCUCUGUGAUAAUGAUCCAGGGGUGAUGGGUGCAACUCUAUGCCCCCUCUAUGACCUGAUUUUGGAGGAACCAAAUUCGUACAAGGAUUUAGUUGUUAGUUUUGUUAACAUCCUCAAACAAGUUGUGGAGAGGAGGCUUCCGACUUCCUAUGAUUAUCACCAAAUACCCGCACCGUUUAUUCAGAUAAAACUAUUGAAGAUACUUGCUGUGCUUGGUAGUGGUGAUAAACAAGCAAGUGGGCAUAUGUACACUGUAUUGGGUGACAUAUUCAGGAAGGGUGACACUGCGAGCAACAUUGGCAAUGCUAUACUGUAUGAAUGCAUAUGCUGUAUUUCAUCCAUUUUCCCAAACCCUAAGAUGCUAGAGGCGGCAGCUGAAACAACAUCAAAGUUUCUGAAGAGUGAUAGUCAUAAUCUUAAGUACAUGGGCAUUGAUGCUCUGGGCCGGCUAAUAAAAAUAAAUCCAGAUAUUGCAGAAGAGCACCAGCUGGCUGUCAUUGAUUGCUUAGAGGACCCAGAUGAUACUUUGAAGCGCAAGACCUUUGAGCUUCUUUAUAAGAUGACAAAGUCAACAAAUGUUGAAGUGAUUGUUGAUAGGAUGAUUGAGUACAUGAUCAACAUAACUGAUCAUCAUUACAAGACAGAAAUUGCAUCACGUUGUGUUGAACUUGCAGAGCAAUUUGCGCCUAGCAAUCAGUGGUUCAUCCAGACCAUGAACAAAGUCUUUGAGCAUGCUGGAGAUCUUGUCAACAUCAGAGUGGCGCACAAUUUGAUGCGGCUAAUUGCUGAAGGCUUUGGAGAGGAGGAUGAAGGUGCUGACAGUCAGCUAAGAUCGUCGGCUGUAGAUUCCUAUCUCCGCAUUGUCGGAGAGCCAAAGCUUCCUUCUUCGUUCCUGCAGAUAAUAUGCUGGGUUUUGGGGGAAUAUGGAACAGCAGAUGGAAAAUAUUCUGCUUCUUAUAUUAUUGGGAAGUUGUGUGAUGUGGCAGAGGCCCACCUCACUGAUGACACUGUCAAGGCGUAUGCAAUCUCAGCAAUUCUUAAGAUAUUUGCGUUUGAAAUCGCUCUUGGAAGGAAGAUUGAUUUGCUGCCUGAGUGUCAAACAUUGGUAGAUGAAUUGUCAGCUUCACAUUCAACAGACUUGCAGCAACGGGCAUACGAGCUACAGGCUUUAUUAGGCUUGGACAAAAAUGCUGUUGAAAGUGUUAUGCCUGCAGAUGCAAGCUGUGAAGAUAUUGAGGUCGACAGAAACCUCUCAUUUCUAAACAGUUAUGUGCAGCAAGCCUUGGAAAAUGGUGCGUCCCCUUACAUUCCAGAGAGUGAACGUUCUGGUGUUAUAAGUGUUGGCAGCUACAGAAGCCAAGAACAACAGGAAACAUCUGCCCAUACUCUUAGAUUUGAGGCCUACGAGAUGCCUAAACCUUCGUUGCCAUUAGCAACUUCACAAACCAGCAUGUCCACACCAACUACUGACCUGGUUCCAGUUACAGAGCCAGGCUACUAUAAGGAAGACCAUCAAACAUCAAAGUCUCAACCACCAGGUGAUGCGGUUUCUGGUGAGUUUGGUGUCAAACUUUGCCUUGAUGGGGUCCAAAAGAAAUGGGGAAGGCCAACGUAUUCCUCUUCUACACCCUCAAGCUUGGCGUCUAGUCAACAAACAACCAAUGGGGCCUCUCAUUCUGAUGGGGGAGGGUCAAGUUCGCAGCCACGGGAGUCCUCAUACGGUUCUAAGAGACAGCAGGGCACGGAAGUUUCAGCAGAAAAGCAACGGCUGGCUGCUUCACUUUUUGGUUCGGCAGCAGCUAAAGCUGAUAGGAAAGCACAAGCAUCUAGAAAGACAGCAAAGGACAGUCCCUCAACUGAGAAAGUAGCUACCACUAAUGUGACUGCCCAGCCUGUUAAGGAGCAAGUAAUCCCUGCUGCACCACCGCCUGAUCUGCUGGAUCUGGGUGAUGAGCCAGUUUCAUCAAAUCCUCCAUCGGCUGAUCCUUUCUCACAGUUAGAGGGGCUUCUUGGACCAGCAUCGGCUGCUCCGGUGCUUUCUGGAACUCCGGCUACCAGCACUUCCAAAGCACCAGAUCUUAUGUCAAUCUUCUCAGAUGAUGUACCAACUGGAGUGGCUAGUGGAUCCACUGAUCCCACUCUAGGUGAUGUUAAUUCGACGAGCUCCCACAAAGGAGCAACUGCAGUGGCUUCAAAGAAGGGUCCAAGCCUUCAAGAUGCCUUGCAAAAGGAUGCGACUGCACGACAAGUAGGCGUGACACCAACAGGGAACAAUCCCAAUCUUUUCAAGGACAUUCUAGGCUAA